AGUGGGAGGGUCCACAUGAAGGUAUUUCAACUUUAACAGCCAAGAGAAUGAAACAGUUAAGAGUGAACCAUUUUUUGGAAGAAACCCCAAAAACAGGCUACAAAGUGAUAAAACAAAAAAGACGAGUGUUUCUUGGCAGAGGUGAAGAAUGGGCACGAUGAAGUGGCUGGUGAUUUUUGUCUUGCUGGGCAUAUUCUCACAGGCUGUGACAGCAACAGGUUUCACAGUGUCCGUGUUCUCAGUCACAUCCAAGACUGCGAUUCUCAGAUGGAGCAGGUACUCUGGAGCCAGUUCAUACAAAGUCUCUGCUGCCCUGCAAAGCUCACCAGGCCAACCCAUUGCCUUUGCUCAUUUUGGGGAAAACACAGUGAUGGGCUCCAUCAGCUCGCUGUCCCAAAACACCAACUACAUCUUCACCGUGGAAGCUCUGGGCAGUAGUCAAGAAAUUCUGAGCACUACAACGACUGGUGUGUCAUCAACAGCCCCGGAGAUGAUGGAUCCCCUGCAGAAUGCGGAGCCAAAGGAUAGCACGACCUUGACAGCGGAGUUCACCUUGGACAGUAACGCCAUUAACUACAUCAUACGCGUCCUGAACUCUGACGGCUUCUACAGAGAAGACACAGUGUCGUCCUCCCCUGCGCAGAUUCAGUCCCUCUCACCGUACACUGAGUACACGCUCAGCAUCAUGGCUGUGAACAGUGGAGGCCGCAGCCAGCCCUCUCCCACUGUGACUGCAAAGACAGUUCUGUCUCCUCCUCAGCUCUCUACCUCGUCUCCCAGCAACGACAGCAUCACCAUAUCCUGGGCUCCUGUGGCUCACGCUGUCCUGUACAGUGUGUCCACAUUCCAGUUUGGUUCCAACACCAGCAUGCAGUACAACACCUCCGACACCUACAUGACCAUUUCUGCCCUAGACGCUGGCUCCCUCUACUCCAUCCAAGGGUACGCCUGGGACCCCGAGGGUCGAAAGGGAGAUUUGAGCUUGGAGGUCAACCAGACAACACGUCCUCCAACACCGUCGUCUGUCAGUGUCUCUAUGGUGACGAGUAACAAUGUGACCGAACUCUCCGUGUCCUGGGCAAUCGACCCGGACGUCUACGGAUCCGUCGACUAUUUUGUGACCAGCAACCACAACCUCACGUGUAACUCCACGUCCAGCCCCUGCAGCCUGUCUCCAGUGAGCUGUGGAGAAGUUCACACGAUCCAGGUCACAGCCUCAAACGAGGCCGGGCCCAGCUACCCGUCGGACCCUGAAGUCUUCGUCACCUUCCCGUGCCCACCCGAGUCUUUGACUCAUAACGUGGAGGACACAGAGGAGAACUGCACACUGACGUGGGACACGGUGACUCACGCUGACGGCUACAAGGCCUUCAUCAAGAGAGGAGAUGGCAUCGAGGAGAUCUGUAACACCACCGGCAACAACUGCACCUACCACUGCCAGUGUGGCUACAUGUACCUGCUCUCUGUGGUGGCGUUCAACCAGGCCGGCAACAGUCCGGCAGGGGAGAAUCUCAAUUACACCACCUUGCCCUGUUGUCCGGAGGAUCUGACUGUCUCUGUGGUGAGCACGGACACUCUGGAGAUCACAUGGACAGCUGCACGUGGGGCAGACAUGUACCAGACUCGUGCUGUGGACAAUUCCGAGGUCAUCCUGUGCAACGACACGGCACCGGAGUGCGCCCUCUCUGACCUCACCUGUGACAGUCCCUACAGCGUGGUGGUGAUACCCUGCAAUGACUUCAGUGGAUGCAACCAUGCAUGCCAAGCUCAUACCAAAGACACAGCUCCCUGUAUGCCGACAAACAUGGGGCUGACCGAGAACAACUCCACCUUUGUCACCGUCAGCUGGACGUCAACAAACAGAGCCGCCAACUACACCGUGAGCGCGCUGGGAGAGGACGGCAGCACACUCACCUGCACCACCACGGGAACCAGCUGUGACAUCACAGACCUUCCCUGCGGCUCCACCUUUGAAGUGACUGUCACAGCGGACAGCGACGCUGGUCAGAGUUUACCCAGCUACUCUAAAUCUCUGGAGACCGAACCGUGUUGCCCCGAGAAUCUAACGGUGGUGCAGGUGACCCAGGCAAUGUCCAACGUCUCAUGGUCUCACGCCAAAGGGGCACAAUUCUUCCUCACCUCUCUGACGUCGCCGCGUGGCCACGCCCGGUGCCACACGCAGGACUCCCACUGCAUCAUGGGAUGCGUCACUUGCGGGACGAGCUACACCGUCGCCGUGGAGGCGCAGAGCCACAGCGGACGCGUGUCCAACUGCGCGUACGAAGGCUUCUCGUCCAGUGCCUGCUGUCCAUCAGGCAUCAGGCUCUACAAGAUGGCAGAUAACUCUUUGCAGGUUCAUUGGCGCAGCUCCAGCAGCAGCCACAGCCACAGCGUAGAGAUGUCGGGCAGCAAUAACAACUACACCUGCACUGCAGCACCCGGGGAACACAAGUGCAACGUCGCCAACGCCCUGUGUGGGGACACCUAUCAUGUGGUGGUGGCGCCACUGACGGCAGAGGGCAGUAAAGGCAUCUUCUGUUCUGCAAGAGUGUUCUCAGUAACUUGUUCAAACAGCAACAUUGGGGCAGUGAUCUACAGAGGUAAAAGAAGUGUGGACUAGCGUAUGAAUCUUCCGCACAGAUAAAUUCCAUCAUCUUCCUCUUUCUGCCUGAAAAAAUUAAAUAAAAAGAAGAAAAAGCUGUACUGUUGUUCAGCAUGUUUGUCUGUUGGCUGUAGAGAUAUAUAUGUUUACAUACAGUAUAAAAAAACGCGAUGAAAUUGCUGUCUGUGAUAUUGUUCAGUGUUGUAUAACCUGCCUUUAAUUGAUACUCGGACAAGAAAAACAAGUUUUUAAAAUGCCAUAAAUAGUGAAAACAUGAUAAAACAAUUGAAUUUGAAGGCAGUAAUAAUACAGUUAAUUAGUUUUAACCCAAAGCAACAAACAAUAGCACAUUUUGUAUCUCUCAUGAAACCUUUGGCGCCUUUAAUUCUUAAAUAAACAUUUGAAUAACGAUCGACAAUCAGAUUAAGUUAAGUGUCUUAGUCUCGACCCCUAAGUAAGAAGCCUCCUGGCGAUUAAGUGGCAGGCGCUGUUGCUCGUUCUCAGGAAGAAUCAUGGAAUAUGUGUAAACCCAAUGAACCAUAUUUCUGCUAAUAAAGAAUUACCAGCAUUAUAA